CAUGCGAAUCACACCAUCUUUCACUUUUUUCCUGAGAGCCGAUACUAAUCGAUCCUCGCGUGGUUACAUAAGAAGAAAUUCCUGAGGAGGAAAAAUGAAAAUCCCUCCCAGCUGACGCUGUGAGGAUUACGAACAUGGGAAAUUCCAUAGCCGGAAGGUUGUCUGCCAACCAUUCGACUCAGAGAGUACAUGUUGCCAGGACACCGACGGAGUGUCAACGUGCGUUCAUCACAUAGACAACACACUUGCAAACACUCAUGCUGUUUUCCGAGGAAAGCAUGUCAUCGAUUUUGGAGAAACUCAACAAACUGAAAAAGUCGGGAGAUGGAGAAAUUCAAAAGAUGAGUAUGUUAUCGAAGAAUCAAAAAUUUGAUGUUCUGGAUAUUCGCAGAAUUGAGACAAUGUAUGGAGACACUGUCUACGUAGAAUUACUGACAGAUAAUGAGACCAAGGUGAAAGUCUACCUUCCGAAUAGAUUCAAGCGACUUUCGGACGAAGACCUGGAAGAGAUGAGACAGUUACCAAACCUCCAAAUGGAGAAGAAGGAUGGAUACCGCAAUGGCAAGAAGUUGGCGUAUCCAGACAUCAUUUUCACUAAUGGGAAGAAAAAGUAACUUCGUAAAUCAUGGUCACCUGUCACUUGUGUGCUCCACAUGAGCGACAGUUCUACGCAACACCGGUAGGACUCCAAAUUCAUCUGGCAAACGUACACCAACUGGAGACACCAUGCAUCCCAUUCUGUGAGACUUUAUGCACACUUCGAAAUUACACAAGACGCUUCGAGCUGCACUUGCAUGACAGAGACGAGGCUGGACAUGAUGUGACAACGUUCUUUCAUCUAUACGGACAGUAUAUUGGUAGUGUGUUGCGAUACUUUGGUUUCCCAUUACGUUUUUACAUCCUUCUCAAAGCAGAACUUGGACGACAUACAGUGGAUGAUGAUGAGAUACGACUUGAUACACGAUUCGUGCCUUCCAAGAUUACAUGACGAAAUUUUGGAGUGGAUACAGCAGAUUGCACCUCUGGAAAUGAGCGAAGAGAACGAACGCCAGCACGCCGCCGCCACCCACUGUAACUUUUGCAAAGAGUCGUUUGCAAAGAAACAGAAAGUGCGCGACCAUGACCAUGUAAGUGGAACGUUUCGACAAUCCUUGUGUCAAUCGUGCAACCUCAAUUUCAGAACACCUCAGAUGAUUCCAAUCAUUGCUCACAAUGCUAACUAUGAUAUGAGUUUCCUUGUGUCUCAUUUGCAUUUGCUCAAAAAAUCGAAAAUAAGAGUGAUUGCCAGCAGCUGUCAAAAAUUCAAAUCUAUUGACGUUGGGUCCUUUAGAUUCAUGGACAGUUUGAGUUUCCUAAAUGCAAGUCUUGAAAUGUUGGUGAAAAAUCUGCGUGAGAAGGGGGUGGAAAACUUUCAUUGUCUGCGACAGUUUUUCUCAAACGAAGAACACUUUGGACUUGUCGUUCGCAAGGGAGUCUUUUGCUACAGCCAUAUCACUGACUUCGAUGUCUAUGAUGAGCCUUGUUUACCACCUCGUGAGAAAUUCUUCAAUACACUCAAUGGAGUGGAAGUAAGUGAAGAAGACUACAACCAUGCGCAGAAUGUCUUCGAAAAAUUCCAAAUGACAAGUCUAGGCGAAUAUUCAGAUUUGUACCUGCUCACUGACACACUGCUUUUAGCAGACGUGUUUCAAAACUUUCGCAAAUGGACACUUGAUGUGCACAAAAUUGAACCCCUGCAUUUCGUAUCUCUCCCAGGGUUAAGCAUGUCCUGCGCACUAAAAAUGAGUGAGAUACAACUAGAACUCAUUCACGACCCUGAUGCGUACCUGCUAAUUGAGAAUGGCUUGCGAGGAGGUGUAACACAAUGCUCUCUUCGAAAAGCGACCGCAAAUAUUCCGGGAACAGAGCAGUUUGAUCCAACACAACCGACAAGAAUAAUUAACUACAUUGACGUUAACGGUCUGUAUGGAUCAGUAAUGCGGGAGUCGCUACCCUAUGGAGGGUUUCAGUGGUUGACAAAGGAAGAAAUUGAGAACCUAGACAUAACUCGCAUUCCACAUGAUGCAUCUAUUGGUUACUUUCUCGAAGUGGAUCUGUUGUAUGAUCAAGAAAUUCAUGAUCGUCAUAGUGAUCUUCCAGUUGCACCAGAGAAAAUGUCCAUUCCCUACGACCUAUUGUCAGACUACCAGAAACAGUUGAUGGAAAAGUUUGGGCUUCCGUCGAAAGCUAUCGAGCCAAAGCUGCUGCUAACAUUGUUCAACAAAGAGAAGUACUUUCUUCACUAUCGCAAUUUGCAGUUGUACAUGCAAUUGGGGUUGCAAGUCACAAAGGUUCACAGAGUUCUAAAAUUCAACCAGAAACCUUUUCUUCGUGACUAUGUGGAUUUCAAUCACGAACUGCGAAAAAAUGCCACUAAUACAUUCGAGCGUCAGAAAAGUAAGUAUAUGAUAAAUGCUGUUUUCGGCAGAUUUUGUAUGCAAGUGAGGAAAUUUGUAGACUGUCGCCUCACAGUGACAGACGAACAAGUUUUGAAACUCUUGCGUAAGCCAAACCUCAAACAGUUUCGAGCAUUAAGUGCUCAUGUAAUCCUGUUUCAGUUCUCCCAGGCAGUGCUUCAGAUGAAACAACCACUAUACUUGGGUUUCACAAUACUGGAACUCUCAAAGCUUAAGAUGUUUGACUUCUAUCACAAUCAUCUGAUGCGUGUAGCUCCCGAUACUAGACUGUUGUACAUGGACACAGAUUCCUAUAUAAUAUUGCUGAGCGAUGAAAAGACACUGCUUGAACUAGCUGACGAUCACUUGGACAACUCAGCCUAUGAGCAAGACAACCCUUUGUAUUCGACGAAAAACAAAAUGGUACUGGGCAAGUUUAAGAAUGAGAUGCCUCGUGAUCAUAUACUUGGUUUUUGUUGCUUAAAACCCAAGCUAUAUGCACUAGAUCUCUGUAGCAAGAAACAGUACAACCGUGCCAAAGGUGUAAAGCUGUGUGAAGCACGAAAACUUCACUUUUCCAUGUACACAGAUGCUCUUGAACAUGGCACAAUACACAGGGUUAAACAGAACCUCAUCGUGCAGAAGGACAACGUAAACAAAAGCGUGACCGUGAGAAAAAUAGCUCUCAACCCUCUGGACACAAAGCGAUAUAUUUGCUCGGAUGGAGUAGAGACAUUACCUUUUGGUAUGACAGUGUUGUGAUUAGCUACUGUAAUGAAAGAGUGGUGACUGUAUCGUAGCCUUUGUUAUGGAGUUCACAUGUUGAAUAAUACAAAGGGAAGUCAAUGCUUUUCUCAAGCAACACAAGUGACGAACCUUUUUUUGUAUCCCACAGGUACUUGUAAUUGUAAUUAAAAGUCCAGUGUCUCACAAAUGGUUGUAGUUGUGUUAUCCCUAUUCUAAUAAUUGUAUGCUUGAUUUAGAGAGUGAUGACUAUAAGCAGCAUCAUCUUGUAUUAACAUUCCCGAAAAAAAAAUGCUUUUUUUGGAGUAAUGCUCUCAACGUCCUUGUACUCGCACAAAAGUUUUGUAUGUAGCUUAUCUUGUAAUAUUGUUAUAAUGUUGUGCACGCAUCUCAGAGUCUCAAAAUGAAAUUGUAUACUUGAUUUAGGCAGCAGAUGACUGUAAGCAGCAUGUCUUGUAUUAUUCUGAAAAAAGUAACUUUUGGAGCGAUACUCUCAAUGUUCUUGUACUCACAGAAAA